UAGUCGCAUUUGGAAUCUUUGACCGACAACUCCAUCUCCCCUCUGCCAUAGAAGAAGAUUGCAAAUCCUGGUUCCGGGCCACAGAUCACAGAUCAGAUCACAAAUCACAACUUCCUCCGUACUUUACAAUAAUACAAUUCACAAAUCUCUCAAAUCCUACGAGUAAAGUCUCACUUAAAAAGUUUGAAAGAGGAAACAAGUCCUAAAUUAGUCUUCCCCGUUUCAACUUAUUACUACACUCACUUCACUACCCACCCGCCCACCAAAUUUACCGACGACCGCCGACCAACGAUCCUCAUCUAUUAUUACCCUUUUCACCCAGUUUACCAUCAUUUUUAUCAUCAUUUGUUUAUUUUGGGUUGAUCAAUUACGCAAACUCAAGGAUUUUGCCAUGCAUCUUGAUUCACUUUGUGCUAUAACAACUUAGCAUUGGCAUCCGUCGUUGAUUCCCCCCGCAGUCGCCCAGAAUUUGCUUGUUCUGCCAAUCCUCUCCUACGUGCGACUUUCCGUCCAUUCCUUCCCAGUACUUGGCAGACACGAUUGAAGACUUGGCAUCGCGAACAUUAUCAUAUAUUUAUAUUAGCAUGUGCGCGAACGCCACUUCAACGGCUCAGUCGUCGCCGACAGCAUCGACAGGUCGCUCUCUGUUUUCUAGAUUGACCGCACCGUUGAAGUCUCGUACGCGCAACCUGGCUGACUUCCACAUCGAACCACUUGAACCUCACCGGCGGUAUGCACCCGGGGAUCUGGUAAGGGGUUCCGUUGUAUUGACUGUGGUCAAACCCAUACGAAUCACUCACCUCACCGUCUGCCUGCACGGUUUCGUACACGUUUAUAAGAAUGCCAAUGGAGCAAACGAGCCCUUGCCAGAUACGACGUCAUUUGCCUCGACCAAUCCCAUGAAAUCACAAUACUUUGGGAACGGUUAUUGUUCACUUUUCCAAGAUGAAGUUACAUUGGCCGGUGAAGGUAGAUUUGAGGCUGGAAUAUAUAAAUUUAAUUUCGAACUGGAAUUUCCCACCAAGGGGAUUCCCACGAGCGUGGAUGUAGGCAACCUCCGGACGAACCCAAUGCGACUUAUACUAAUGAAGUUGAAUAGUUCGAGAGAGGAACAAUAUCGUAUCAGAUCUCCUCGACGAUCACGCGGCCAACAACAAUAGCCGCGACUUCGAUGUGCGAAAGGAAGGUCGAGCUGGUAGAAAGAGUGGAUGUCGGUCCUUUAGGCCCACCCCGACCGCGAACAAUAUCACUGGAACCAAUAUCGAAACGAGCAAAGAGAAAGAGGUCCAUUAAGCCAAAAGAUACUUCAUCCCGGGAACAUACGGACACUAGAUCUAUUAGUGAUAUGACCGAAGCCACAUCACCACGGCCAGAUGAGUCUGUGAGUCAAGUGGGAAUACCUGACGGCCAUAUACAACCUCGAAGCCCGGUGCAAAGUGAUGUUCAAAGUACCUUCAGUACGGAUAGUACAAUCAGUAGUAGUACCGGCCUCAGCUUCCGCCUGGGACAUGCUACAUCAUCGGCACGGUCUGCUCGAGAUAGCCUAGGGAACAGCAGCAAUUCCAUGGAAGACAAAACUAUCACAGCCACAAUAGAAUUGCUCAAGUCCGGAUGUUUACCGGGAGAUUAUCUACCCCUGAAAAUCAGCGUACAGCAUACCAAGCCCAUCAAAAGUAUGCAUGGAAUUAUAAUUACGUUCUACAGACAAGGCCGAAUAGAUUCUGCGCCUCCUCUGUCACUGUUCAAAGAUAUUAAAGGGAAAGAAGCCGAAAGACUAAAGCAUGAAGAAUACUAUCCUAAAUCUAAGACCGGAUUGGGUGGCCUGUCACUGAGUUCCGCUGGAUCGACCAGCGUCUUCCGGAAGGACCUUUCCCAGACGUUUGCGCCACUCAUCGUUGAUCCUACAACUCUGACUGCCCAUGUUACAGCAUCCGUCAGAGUUCCCGAAGACUGCUUUCCAACUAUAAGUGGUGUGCCUGGCCAGAUGGUGAAUUUUAAAUACCAAGUUGAAGUUGUAGUAGAUCUAGGCGGGAAGUUAGCCGGCCAACAACGGCAUGUACCACGAAUUGGAACUGUUAGCCUUCCUUCCAAUUAUGGAAGCACAGGUAAUAGGUCAGAAGGAAAUGCUAGCAUGCUGGCUGCCUUUGGCGGUAGCAUUGUCGACACAGAUCACAUAAGACGAGAGAAGAGCGUGGUUGCAUGUGUUUUCGAAGUGAUUGUUGGAACUACGGAUAGUGCUCGGAAUAAAGCAAGGCAUACGGGCAAACAACCAGCUGAACCUUCGAAUUCAAGGCCAGUCACACCAUCGCUGGCUCAUAACCCGAUACAGGAGGAACCAUUCGACCACGAGUAUAUACACCAGGAAAAUGCAAACUACCCCAAUCAUCCUUAUCAAUAUUACGAUCCCAGUUACGAAGAAUCAUAUCCAUAUGAUUCUAAUCAAGAUUAUGAACAGCACACCGGUCAAAAUUCUAGAUACCCGCCGCCUUCACAUGCUCAAAUAUAUGUACCACCACCGGGAGACGACGGACAAGCAGAACUCAGUGAAAAAGAACAACUCAGAAGAGCAGAACAGAGACUCCUCCCUAGUCAACCUCCUCAAGAAUCGUCAACAUCUUCGGCGGCAGCAAGGGGCAAUGUUGAGCCAUCUGCACCUCCUAAUCAAAAUGACGAAGAUCUCUAUACAGCCGAUGGUCUAAGACCAAGCAGUUCCAGACCCCUUGCACCUCACCUAGUUGACCGAUCAAAUUCGCAGUCGACCGAAAUUCCAAGCAUGGGCCCCUCAGCUCCCAGCCUAUCAGACCUCACCCCACAUGCCUCGAACGUCACAGAUGAUAAACAAGAACUGGAACGUCAAAGACUCCUAGGCGAAGCGAGCGCACCAUCAGAAUUUCCCGAUGUGGAAGAGGAAGGCGGGAGUAGCCAACAGGGCGGUGUGGCAUCGGCACCACAUGAUCAUGAACCUUCAGCGCCGAUAUUUCAUGAAGAAGAUGAAUAUGGGAGCGGAUACACACAUGAAGACUCUGAAGGGUCAAGGGCAGGUCAUGAGAGCCUACCACCAAGAUACGAAAGGUAAUUUGACGUCAUGGUGAACAGUUAAUAUAAAUGAAUACCCAUGAUUAGCAAAGUUUUUAGAUCUGCUAUAUAGCAAUUAGGGAAGCUUGGAAACUCAACGGAGGAUCAAAUGAAACAUAUAGUACAUAAAAAUAAAACCUAAACUUAUCAUCUAC